UCGCGCGCGCAACAAGCACACAACAAAAGCAAACCGUCCGAAACCGCCGGCUAGGGUACGCGCGGUGUCUUUCUCUCUUUCUCCGUGUAUCGUUUGGUGUUGUUGUUAUCGAGAAGAAAACGGGCAUAAUUUGCGUUUCAGCUUCAGCGAUCGAGAUGAGCCGCCGCAAAUCGGCGCACGUGCCGCUCAAGCUGGACGAGGAGGAGGACCGCCGGCUGGCCCAGCUGCUCGGCAGCGACAGCGGGUCGGACUCGUCGUUGGACGAAUCGAGCGCCCGGCAACCCUCCAGCACGGACAACGACGGGGCGAAGGGGAGGCGCAAGCCGGCACAAAGCGGCGGUGGCAGCUUGCGGCGCUCCUCCCGCAUCCUGUCCCCCAACACCCGGUACGCGAAGGAUUACGUGACCGGCGGUGGGAGACGGCGCGGCUACCAGGAGCUGACCGACAGCGAUACGAGCGGGCGCGACGACGGCGCAGACAGUGGUGGCGACGGGCGGAUGGCCGGUGCGGCGGACGACGAUGAGGAGUUCGAGCUGCUGAACAACAAGGUGGCCGCCACGACGCUGUUCGAGGCGCGGACCGACGUGGCGGGCGACGGCAUUUACGGCUUCCGGACGCCGAAGAAGCGCGGCUCGAUGAGUGCGCUGGCCGCCCAGGCGAGCAGUGCCCAGCAGCAGCGGACGCCACGCGCCGGCCCCGUGCCGGACCGGGCACCGCGGACGCCACGGACGCCACGGACGCCGCGCACCGCCGGCAAGGUGCCGAAGACGCCGAUGCAUCUGCGCCAGCACGCCAAGAAAGAACUGUCGAAAGCCUUGCAAGCGUCGCUGAUGUCCGACUUUUCCGCGAGCGAGAGCGAUUACGAACCGUCCGAAGAGGAGGAGGAGAGCGCCACAGACGAAGAGGAGGAGGGCGACCAGUCAAGCGAAGGCAGCUGCUCGGCGGACAUCGAAAGCGAGUACAGCACCGCCAGCAGCGCCGGUCGCAACCGGCGCAAAUCGCACGCCGCCGCCACAAACGGCACGAAGGCGGCGGGUGCUCCGUCAACCGCCGCCCCGAAGCUAGCGAUCCCCGUCCCCGCCAGCCUGCCCGCACGGGGACCGGGCCGGCCGAGCCGCGCAGCCGCCUCGAAGCACAGCGCCCCGCCCGACCUGCAGUACAUCGUGCAGAGCGACGACUACUUCUCGACGUUCGCGGCCGGCGGCAAAUCGGUCACGUCCGACCACACGCUCGACCGGCUGCAAACGCCGCGGCUGCCGCAGGACGUGCUGCUGCGGCUGCUGGAGGACACGAGCGGCACGAACCGGGCGCACGCGGCCGCCGUGCAGGAGCUGCUGGACGAGCACGGCCGCCAGUUCGCCCGCUGGCUGUUCCUGCUCGACCAGGGCUACAGCGUGCUGCUGUACGGGCUCGGCUCGAAGCGCACGCUGCUGCAAAGCUUUCACCAUCGCGCGCUUGCCGACCGGCCGGUGCUGGUCGUGAACGGGUUCUUCCCCUCGCUCACCGUGAAGGACGUGCUGGACGCGGUCGCGAACGAUCUGCUCGAGCUGCAGCUGCCGACCGCCCUGCACCACGAAACGAUCGACGAGAUCGAGCGCGAGCUGGCCUGCCAGCCCGACCUGCACGUCUUCCUGCUCGUGCACAACCUGGACGGGGUGGCGAUGCGGGCCGACCGCAUGCAGGCGACGCUGGCCCGGCUCGCCAGCCUGCCGAACCUGCACCUGGUCGCGUCGAUCGACCACAUCAACGCGCCGCUGCUGUGGGACGCCUCCAAGCUGGCGCAGUACAACUUCUGCUGGUGGGACACGACCACGCUGCUGCCGUACGGCGUCGAGACGGCGUUCGAGAACUCGCUGCUGGUGCAGAACGCGGGCGCACUGGCCCUCUCCUCGAUGGGCAGCGUGUACGCGUCGCUCACGUCGAACGCGCGCGGCAUCUUUAUGGCGAUCGUGCGCCACCAGCUGGAGCAGGGCGGGCCGGCCCAUCCGCACUACCCGGGCAUGCCGCUGAAGGACCUGUACUGGGCGUGCCGGGAAGCGUUCCUGGUCAGCAGCGACAUUGCGCUGCGCGCCCAGCUGACCGAGUUUACCGACCACAAGCUGCUGCGGAUCAAGCGCUCCCUCGACGGGUCGGAAAAUCUGCACAUCCCGAUCGAGCACGGCCUGCUGAAGCGGUUCGUGGAAGAGACGGCCAAGAAGGUGUAGUGGUUGGGGAGGAGUUAGUGUCCCAUGUUUGCACUUAUAAUUACCAUUUUGAUGGUUUUUUGUUCUCUGAAUUAUUCCGUUUUUUUUUUGUGCGGCGAAU